GCAAAACGGCGGUGGUGGCGGCGGCAGCGGCGGCGGCGGAUUUCCGUGAUGACGAAAGGAGCGAUUUAGAAUUUCCCCUCGAUACAAAAAUAUAUAUCGACGCGGUUAAUGAUAAUAACAAGAACAGUAAUCUUAAGUUGUUUUUUUUUAAUUGUUGUUUUAUCGCCUGCCGGUCGGCUCUCCCGCUGCGUUCGACACGCGUAGCGCGAACAGCGGCAACGCAUCGCCUACUGUACACACAAUCUACUGUACACACAUCGCCCACUGUACACGCAUCUACUGUACACACACCGCCCACUGUACGCACAGUCUACUGUACACCCGCAUCUCCGACGCACAAACCAAUCGUCUACUGUACACACCCAUCGCCUACUGUACGCACACCGCCUACUGUACACGGUCUAGUGUAAGCGCAUCGCCUACUGUACACGCCGCCUACUGUAUAUACCGCACACUGUGCACACGGCCUACUGUACACACGCCGCCCCACUGUACACUGUACAUACACGGCCUACUGUACACACGCCGCCCCACUGUACGCACGCCGCCUACUGUACACAUCAAUGUCCAGUUCUCCCGUCAUGAGGCUCGGCUUGCCGGUGGUGAACGGCAAGAGGCCGCUUGGGCCACGCGCCGCUCCUCCUCCUCCUCCUCCUCCGGCGACGACGGCGACGACGACGACCUCGCGAUCCGAGCCGUUCGCCCCCUCCCACGACGACAACGUCCUGUUCAUCCACAAGACGUGGGUGCAGGUGGAAGCUGGCAUGGGGAGGGAAGGCGGAGCGCAGAGAUACGCCGACAAGGACUCUGGACACAACCCCCACGUUGCCAAUUUCACCCCUGUGGACCUGGAGUUGUUGCUGCAGAAGCGCGAGCCACUGCCAACUGAGAAACACUAGGCGUGAAUCAUCGUGGCCUUCACCACCACCAUCACCACCGCCAUCGUCACCAGCAACACCACCACCGUCGUCGCCACCAACACCACUACCAUCGUCGCCAGCAACACCACCACCAUCGUCGCCAGCAACACCACCAUCAUCGUCCCCACCAUCACCAUCGAUAUAAAAAUCAUCGCCACCAUCACCACCACCACCAAUAAACAAAGACUCCAAUACAUCCUCAUCUGCUAGAGGAGCUCACUGUCUAGAUCUUUCAAGGAUCUGUAAGCUUCUCACACAAUCCAGCAUGAUUUAAACCUAGGAUGGCUCAUAGGGCAGGCCAGCCUGAAUGUUUCCCGCCGGCGCAGAUGUUCCUUUAAAGGGCUCAAAGUUUUAUAAGUAUAGAGGAGGGCAUGGCUGUGGCCGAGAAGAACCCGGAGGUCCGUGUAGAGAGAUAGGCCAGGGAGCUUCCACACGGCAGUGUAACGCAGCUGAUGGAAAGAGAAUGCCCCUUGACGUGAACUCCUCCGCUCUCCCCUCAACUGCGCCAUCAGUCACGAGGAGAGGAGGGAGUGGAGGCAUCCAGGUUCUCUGUAAGGCGCCAAUCUCUUAGUGGAACACUCCAGGUUCAGCAGUAGCAUCUCGCAACUCAUCAGAGUGGGUAGCAAAUACCAGAUCAUCAGCACACAACACGGAUACCAAAUCGGGAGCCAUCCCUGCCUUGACCAUACCUGGGUAUUGAUGAUCAGCCUCCCAUUUGUAUCUGUACCGGAUAGAAAUUUCCUCGGACGCAUCCAUGGAAAGCUUCUCGAACUACGCGGUCAAAGGAGAUGUUAAUUAAUUGUAGGGGCCAGAGAACAUCCCUGUCUCACCCCAAGGUGAACAGAAAAUGGCUUCGACUCCCGGCCACGCAGCUUUACCCAGGCCUGCCUGCCCCACCUCCAUUAAGCUCCUUAAGUAUCGUGAGCAGAGAGUCGGGGACCCCGGAAGCACGAAUAAUAACCCAGAGGCCUUAGUCUGUUGAUCGUAUCAUAGGCCUUGACCAAGUUAAUAAGGCAGAGAUGUCGGUCCUAUUGGGGAAUUCCCUACGCCGCUGCUGUAGCAGACAAACAGCAAACGUGGCCCGUCUUAUCACCCGUCCCUCGCCUAUCAGUUGCCUUAAUGCCUGGAAUUGCUUCAAUUACUGCGGGCAGUUUUCCCCACGCUUAGUUGGUCAUCGUCAGGGCUGUCCAUAGGGUGGCCGAGGGCCGUGGCGGGGGGGGGGGGGUGGAGGGGGGGUGGAGGGGGGGGGGAGGGGGGGCCCUGGACAAAGCCGACCACGUGGUGCGGGACACCCCAACACCCCAACCGACGCCUUAAAACUAAACCAGAAGUUUUGUAUCUGAACCGGAACUUUUGUUCGUUGCUGUGACCUGCGGUGUGGUGAGCGAGCCCUGCUGCUGUGAGCUGCAGUAGCUGCUGCUGCUGAACAGCGGUUAUGGUCCCCAAAGCGCAGGGCCCGGGGCAGUCGCCCACCCCCCCACCCCCCCACCCCACCCCCACUAUUCGGCGUGUACCCUAGGGAGCACCUCUGUCCGUCGCAAACACUCUAGCCUUACAAACUUUUCUACCAAUUUUGUAUAUAUAUAAUCAAGUUUGUCUUGUUUCCGUAGGUGGAAAGGGGGGGGGGGGUUAGGAGGGAGGGAGUGGCGGGAGCUGGGGGGCGGAGUUCAUAAAUGGCCGUGUCGGGGGAAAAAAAAUUACCGCUCUUGUUAUUUUGUUUGCCUACGACCGGUUGAGAAUAACAGGGCACCGUCAACCGUGACCGUGGUCAGUCCACUGCUGGAUAAAAGCCUCCAGCACCGCCCUGCCCCCAAACCACCGCCAGCCUCUCGCGUCCCCCCCCCCCCCCCCCGUGCCCGCUAGCGAUUGGCGACGCUCCGGUGAUGAGACGCCUCGUGAGCUAUAAGAUCCCCGUGAUCACCGCGUCGCUUUCACACCAGUCUCUCCUUGUUUUCUUUCCUACCGCGUGCCGUCAAAAAAGCAAAGCCGACGUCGCCACCACGCCCACGUGAAGGACGCUCGCUCGCUCGCUCACGCGCGUCUGUUGUGGGGGGGGGGGCGCGUCGGGUACGCGUGCGUUUGGGAGCGUGCGUGUCCGUGCGCUGAGGCUCGACCCCUCUGGCUCGGUGGGUGGUGGUGGUGGUGGAGGAGGGGGGCGAUGCUCCGUUUUGUUGUUUUCACGAUGCGCUCGUAUUUUACGUGAGUUUGGCUCGCCCGCUGAUGGUGCUGCGCCGGUUGGGGGCCCGAGCUGAAACCAAAACUCGCGAUUUGUACAAAUUUUUCUUUUUUUUUUAAACAAUUUUUUUUACUCGCUCGGGGAGAGGGAGAGAGAGAGAAAAACCCCCGUAAACUCUUGGGAUUUGCCUUCUUUAAAAGGCUUUGUCGGCAUGAAGUAUUUUUUUUUAACAAUCACCGUGGUGAUUCUUUUUUAAGUCACGGAUUCGCAACCGUGGUGUCAGAGACACUGAGCGUGCCCUUGGUGGUGGGUGGAUUCGAUUUUUUUUUCUCCUUACACCCCCCCCCCCCGCCGCCGCGGCUCUCUCCGAACUGAAAUCCCCUCGCACGUGGAAUGCUCCCCGGGCCGAAACGUCGGACAUGGCGCCGCCGACGGGAGAGCCGCCGUACGCAUCGUUCCGAUCAGCCAGCCAGCCACGCGCGCGCGCGACGCAAACGCCGUACACGCGUUGGAAAGCUUCGCCGAUUUAACCAUUUUUUUUAUUUUCCCACCCCACCAAAGUUUUUAUUGAACGGACUCCUGCCCGUCCGCCUACUUGUGGAUUCACGACUCGUGAAAUCCAUUCGGGCUGCCUCGAAAUGUCAUUCGUAACAAAUAGUGACAGCAGCAAUUUUGCGGCCCUUUGCUCAAUCCACUGUUGGAUGAAGGCCUUCCCCACAUUGCUUCAGUCGUGGCGAUCCGUCGCUGGACCUCGCCGCAUCGCGCUGGGCUUGCCAUCGAAGAGGGAGGGGGUGGUGGGCCCUCUGGUUCAGUCGUCCCUCGCUCGCUCGCCCGCCCGCCCACGUUUGCCAUGUCCGGGAUUUCGAUCCCGAUUCGAGCCCUGGGGCGUAACUCGAUCAUGCUUUCAUAAUGGCCGUGUCAAGGCACACCGGGCCUGCAUCGCGUUCCGGGUCUCGGCCGCGUGUCGCUAAAACGGGCUGUCAAGUGCGGCGAGUUUGGUGGUCUCGGCUCGGGUCACCGAAGGAUGCACGGGGAAAUUUUUAUUUUAUUUUUAAAUGUUUCGUCGGUUAAAUUGGACAAUCCCAGCUCUUGAGGGAUACAAUUUUUUUCAGUUCGACAUGCACUGAACACUGUUUGCCCGGGCAUAUGUGAUGUUGCACCAGUAAGAAGCUAUUGAAGCGACCCUCGAAGGUAGUUCUGUGACAUCAAUCUUCCACGGCCGUGUUCUGACGGAGCGAUGCGUUGCUCGCUCGCCGUGAGAGUCCACGAUGCGUCGUGUUCACCUCGCGGCGCCACGCUACGAGCGGAGACGGCGAUAAUCAAAUCUGUCUUGAAAAUAAAAAGCGAAACAGUAAUAAU